AUGGACAGUGUACAACUUCUGUUCCUGAAUGGCCAGGAUAUAAAGAAAAGAACAGCUUUUGGAGUGAUGGUGCUAAACAUAUUCAAUGCAGCACUGGUUCUAACAUUCUCCUUACUAGUAAGUACUUUCGACUAAGGAAAUUUUCGGCAGGAAGAAAAUUUUGUAAAAUGUAAUUGGCUGCGGAAACAAAUUUUGAAGUUGAGAAUUUUCUACUUAACAAUGAUAUUAUUUGGGGAAAUUUUUCUUGACAGGAAAUGGGCCUCUGCAAAAUGCCUGGAAAUGCCAUUUCAGUGGGUUUAUAUUUUAGAAUUUUCACAAAUAAAUGCCCUCGGAUCCCCUACCCCAAGCGAACAGUACCUUUGGCACCUGACAUUGCCGCCUACUCCUUUCAAAAUGCCUCCUACUCCAAAUUUUAUUGGGAACCCUGCUUUUGUGGAAAUAGAACUUUUACACAUAAAGUCAGGUAUAUGAGUAUUGUCAAGAUGCUGUUUUAAAUUAUUGGGCAGGUGAGAGGGUGUGAUCACUAUGCUUUCAGUUUGACAGGUUAAGAGCCCCCCUCACAGAGUGUACUUUUGUUGAAUGUCAUAAAUGAUGCUGCAUGGAUAUGCCAUUGACAUAUGUUAUUUACAUCUUAUGAACUCUAUUUUCCAUUGCUAGCUUUAGGUUAUGUUCUUGUCAAAACGAUGCCAUGAAUGACCCCAUAGUCAUAAUCACUUCAUAUUUCUCUAUAAUAAAAUGGCCAAUGUUCCGUCAACACCUGAUGUAAUUAUUUCAGAACAGUACAAUUAACUUGUUCCAUUUUAUUUUUUAGAUAGUCGACUAAGGUCAAGGGUAUACAAUUCCUACAGAAAAAGAUUUGUUUCCUUGGAGGAUGCUGAAUCUCAUUUUGGCUUGUCUAUAUGUGACAGUUUGGCCGAGCUUGUAAUUGACAACAGAAAAGAUCAUUCUACCAAAACACGCAAGCCUGCAAACAUUGAAUCUGAGACGUACAACGAAACAGCAUCACAAUGUGAACUAUCACAAGCUGAACCUGAAUUACCAGAGCCUAAAACACCAGAGCCUAAAACACCACAACCUGCAGACAUUGCUCAAUCAUUGCCCACAUUGGAAAGUGUAUUAAAAUUGGCAAGCCAUUUGGGGAAUACUGAUUUAGAAGAGUUAUCAAACAAGAUCUUUCAGAAGCUUACUUUUUCACACAAUCUAACAUCCAAUCCUGCAAAUUUUUGUUCAUUAUCUAUUAAAGCAAUGCAACUGUUCAAAAAGAACAAUAAGAACAACCUUAUGUAUAAAUUUGCAUUGGCAUUGUGCAAGACUAAACCUGGUACAGAUGAGCCUGUAUUUCCAAUGGACAGAAUGCCUUUUGGAUUGGUUGAAUAUCAAAUAGAGUUCUUCAGUUGUACUCAUAUUAAACAAGUAAGUAUUGUCAGUAGUGCCAAUUGUAACACUUUCAAAAGCAGAUUAAAAAUCAUAUCGUGGAAGUUUUCUGAAGGAAGUACAUAAUAUACUAUAUAUAUAUACAGAUUUCAUGUAUUUGCCAUAAAGUUCAAUUAAACAGACUCAAUAAAUGUAAUUAAGUUAAUUACAUUUAUUACUGUACAUUAUUUAACAGUUUCCAUUUAAUACGUUCUUUGUAUUCUUUUAGUUCUUUCUGAUCUUUCUUUCUUUCUAAGUUUCACUUUAGUAUUCUUUUCAAACUACUGUAUAUCCUUCAUUCACAACUCUGACACAGACCCAGUGUAGUAUUUUUAUGCAUAAUACAGUAAGCUUUUUCAUACAAUUUUCUUCUAUCCAGAUUAAGAUGCCAGCCGACUUCCUUCAGUGGCACGAAAGUAUGUGUGCAGAAUUCCCCACACGUUUCAACCGUCUGUUUAGGGGUCCAAUGUGGAGUGGUGUGGAUAAAGAGCACCAUGGUUACCCAAUCAAGGUUAGUUAAAUGCCUAUAAAUAGUAUUAUUUAGAAGAAAUCUUACACAUUAGACAAUUUUUCUUAUCAGUUACAAGAGGCUAGAGAAUAUAAUGUUGAAUGUGAAUAAUGGUUAACAUUUAUAACCAUUUUCCAUUGGCUAAUCUUAUGCUUAUACAAAAGUAUAAUCAUUAUGAUGGAAUAUUUGACAGGCCCAUUGUGAUCUACUUAACUAGGGUACAGUAACAGUAUGUUGUACAACCAUAAAUUUCUAACACUUUUCCAAUAAUUUUAAAAUUGUUUAGGCCUGUCUGAUUUAAAUUAAACAGCAAUUUAAUGGUAUACUGGAAUGUACAGUAAAUACUGUAUGAAUUUACAUUUUUCACAUUUCAUAUAUUUUCAGGCAAAAGUCAAUGUAGCCUGUAUUGGGACUCAGGCAGUUGCAACAAAAACAGCAUCGUCUAACUUCAGCACUGAGCCUAUUAUACAGGUACUUAAUACUGUAUGCAAUCAUUAUGGUAUAUUAUUUGGUACAUUUCUAUAAUUAAAAAUAGUUUUUUGCAUUUGUUGAUUGGAGCAUUCAUUGCAUUGGUAUCAUACUAACAUUUUCAUUAAGCUAUCCACAUUUUAAUUAAACAUAUAAUGCUGCAGUAUUUGAAAAAAAAAGAAGCUAAAUUAUCUCCCUGUUCCAAGUUGUUCCAACCUACAAACAUAACCUUUGACAAAUGUACAUAGAGUACAUUUGCUCAAAUUUUUUGGGGGAUUCCAAUUAUAUUAAACACAGGCUGUAAAUACAGUACAUCCAGGCAGAGAUACUUAGCUUAUUGUACAAAUACUGACAGUACUGUAACAUGUUUAGAAUGAAGUAUGGUUAUUUAAUAGGCUUGCUAACAUGACACUAUACAGUACUGUACUGUACUGUACAUAAUAAUUCAUGUUUUGCAUAAUAUUUAUAUUUAGGUGCAAGCAUUAAAAGAGAUGAAAGCUGCCUAUCCUUCUGGGAGAUUUUGGAUUAAAGGUGAUGGAUGUGAUAUUAAACCAGCACUUCAACAAUCAGUGAGAGGAGUUUGGAAUGGAGAUACUGAUUUGGGAGAUGGUGUGUUACAAGCAUUACGAACAGAUUAUGAAUUGCGAAUGAAAACCUUUAAGAAUUUAGCAUCACCCCAGGAGAAUAUUGAACAGGUUAAGGUUGACCUUGAGAAUGUCACUGUUAAUCUUGAAACUGACAAGCAAUUUUUAGUGCAAGGAAUGAUGAAAGCACAGAAAAAUUAUACAGACAAAUCUAGAAAACCAAAUCCAUCGAAGAAGGUGUUAAUGGAACUGUCAUGGGAAAGAGUAGAGUACAGUGACCUAUUACAACAGUGUCAAUCUUUGCUUUCAUAUGUGAAAACCUUGGAAGUCAGUGUUGGUCAAAGUUCACAAGUCUUGCAUGUGCAGAAGAGUAUGUGUGACAAGAAGACUGAUUGGGAAAAUUAUCUAAGGAACUUGUUUGUGAAGAGAAGACAACCUGCGGCCACCCAUGUGUUCAUUUUCCUUCUAUCUGAUGAAUGCCGCAACAAAAAACCUUACUGUCUGCCAAUUCAGUAUGUCCCAUACCAUUCCCUUAAAGAUCAGACUGUGAGAGAGCUGACUGAUAAAAUAAGGAAAGAAAUGGAUAAUCUUGGAAUAUAG